CGGAACCUAGAGAACCCAACUACCACCUCAGAGUAGUAGUAGUUCUAGCAUGUAAUUGUCAACACAUCGAGAGUCUUCUCUUAUAAGUAUUCGCCAUCGUCAACACUAUCCUCUCCAUCCCACUAGUAAAUCAUCAUCACAACACCCCUCCUCUAUAUAUAAGCCCGAUAUCUUGAGCUACUCAGGGCACCUUACUGCUGAGACUCAAGUUUCUUCCGAGUGUCUUUUAACUGAAAAGUCCCAUCUUUAUCGAAUGCGCGUAUAAGUCGAAGACAACAAACAAAACAAAAUGACAGAUACUCACCAGGCCGAGAUCGAUGAGAUCCGGCCAUUCGGCAAGGCUCGCUCUACGAUCAAGGGCGAGCCUUUAUCAAAGGAAGAAAUCGAAAAGUAUAACGAUUUUUUCAAGGCCAGCUUGUAUCUCAGUCUUGGCAUGAUCUACCUAAAGGAGAAUCCUCUCCUCCGAGAACCUUUGAAAGUUGAGCAUAUCAAAGGCCGCCAGCUGGGCCACUUCGGAUCUGCCCCUGGCCAAAUUUUCACAUAUAUGCACUUCAACCGAUUGAUCAAGAAGUACGAUCUCGAUGCGCUCUUCGUCUCCGGCCCGGGCCAUGGCGCUCCCGCCGUCAUCUCCCAGGCUUACCUUGAGGGUACUUAUUCUGAAGUAUACCCUCAGAAGUCCGAGGACCCCGCAGGCAUGCAGGUCUUCUUCAAGCAGUUCAGUUUCCCGGGAGGCGUGGGAUCACAUGCCACCCCAGAGACCCCCGGUAGCAUCCACGAAGGUGGCGAACUUGGCUAUUCCAUCUCUCAUGCCUUUGGUACCGUUUUUGACAGCCCCAAUUUGAUCACCUUAACAAUGGUUGGCGAUGGUGAAGCCGAGACUGGGCCAUUGGCUACGGCUUGGCACAGCACUAAGUUUCUGAACCCCAUCUGCGACGGUGCCGUUCUCCCAGUGCUGCACCUAAAUGGCUACAAGAUUAACAACCCUACCGUGCUUGCUCGUAUCUCGCACAAAGAACUCGAGCAGCUCUUCUACGGCUACGGCUGGCAUCCAUACUUCGUUGAGGGUGAUGAUAUUGAGACGAUGCAUCAAGCCAUGGCCGCCACGCUCGAACACUGUGUUCAAGAAAUCCGCAAAUAUCAGAAGGAAGCUCGCGACUCCGGCAAGCCCUUCCGCCCACGGUGGCCUAUGAUUGUCCUGCGCACGCCGAAGGGCUGGACCGCGCCGCGCAAGGUUGAUGGACAUUACCUCAGUGGUUUCUGGCGCUCUCAUCAAGUGCCCAUUACCGGUACUACAACAAACCCAGCAGAUCUCAAGACCCUCGAGGAAUGGAUGCGUGGCUACGAGCCCGAGCGCCUCUUCGGCGAAGAAGGCAGAAUAUCCCCCGAACUAAAAGCCUUGUGCCCUACCGGCAACAAGCGCAUGAGCGCGAACCCAGUUGCUAACGGUGGAUUACUAUCGGUACCGCUCAAGAUGCCCGACUUCAGAGAUUACGCCAUCAAAGUAGACAAGUCUGGCGCCACUGUAGAAGGCAGCAUGGCCAACUUCGCCAAGUUCCUACGUGACAUCAUCAAGAACAACCCCCAUAACUUCCGCCUGAUGGGUCCCGACGAGACCGAAUCCAACAAGCUGGCAGCCGUGUACGAGGCUGGUAAGAAGGUGUGGAUGGGCGAGUAUUUCGAGGAAGAUGAAGACGGCGGAAAUCUAUCUCCUUUCGGAAGAGUUAUGGAAAUCUUGUCUGAGCAUACCUGCGAAGGAUGGCUCGAAGGCUAUGUCCUGAGUGGGCGACACGGAAUGCUCAACAGCUACGAACCCUUCAUCCAUGUCAUCGACUCCAUGGUAAACCAGCACUGCAAGUGGAUUGAGAAAUGCUUAGAAGUCGAGUGGCGUGUCAAGGUUCCAUCGCUAAACAUUCUCUUGACUGCUGUCGUCUGGAGGCAAGACCACAACGGCUUCACUCACCAAGAUCCUGGCUUCCUCGACGUUAUCUGCAACAAGAGUCCGGAAGUAGUCCGCAUCUACCUCCCGCCUGACGGAAACUGUCUCCUUUCGGUCAUGGACCACUGCUUCCAGUCGCAGAAUUACGUGAACGUCGUCGUAGCAGACAAGCAGCCUCAUAUCCAAUACCUCACAAUGGAACAGGCAAUCGCGCACUGCACAAAGGGCAUCGGUAUCUGGCCCCAGUUCUCCACCGACGCAGGUGAGGAACCCGACGUCGUCAUGGCCAGCUGCGGCGACGUCUCCACCAACGAGUCGCUAGCCGCCAUCGAUCUCCUGUUGCAACACUUCCCCGACCUCAAGGUCCGCUGCGUCAACGUCGUCGAUCUGUUCAAGCUGAUCCACCACACCGACCACCCGCACGGCCUCACGGAUAAAGAAUGGGUCGCCCUGUUCACAGACAACAAGCCCGUCAUCUUCAACUUCCACUCGUACCCCUGGCUCGUCCACCGUCUGACAUACAAGCGGCCGGGCAGCGCAAACAUCCACGUCCGAGGCUACAAGGAGAAGGGCAACAUCGACACGCCGCUCGAGCUCGCCAUCCGCAACCAGACGGACCGCUUCAGCUUGGCCAUGGACGCCAUCGACCGCAUGCCCACCCUCGGCAACCGCGGCGCAGCUGCUCGCGAUGCCCUCAAGAGCCAGCAGGUCGCCGCUUCCAACUACUCAUUCGAGUACGGUGUCGACCCCCAGUUCCUGAGCGACUGGUCGUGGCCUCAGGAGGGCGUGAAGGAGAAGCUGCAGAAGCUCAACAUUAUUAGCUGAGGGGGCGGGCUGGGCAUUUAUUUAUAACGAGGCGAACGGGUCAGGUUGGGGUUUUAACGAAAAGGGGCUGGGGGCUUUGGGGAUUGGCAUGAGUGGUUGGUGUUUCCUGGGUCUGAUUUCGAUUUUUGGUUGGCGCGGGUUUGUUUAUGUAUGUGAGAUAACUCGACUGGAAUCUUGGCGAUUUUGUCUAUUUUGAUGGAGAUACGCUUGUGAGAUGUGGGAUGUGGAAAAUACCUGUUAUAUGAAUUUACUUUGGUGAAUUAUCACUUGAUGCUUUUCGAAUGCUGGUGUGCUUUCACUUUAAUCAUCGCAUUGCAACUACACUCUCCUUAUAGGUACCUCCUAAGUUAGGUAUCCAGGGGCCCAAGACAGGGGAGGGGGUCUAGGGAUGCGUAGCUUUGACUUGUUGUUUCGCGAUUUAUUUCUUCAGUCAGUUACUACGUAUUGGUAGCAUAUA